UGUCCCAGCGAUAGCAUACUGUGGAUGUCUUCUCGUCUUGGCUUGUCUCAUGCUUUCAUAUUUACUGGGAAAUCGCAAACGCUCUUCGUGGCCGAGCAAUGCGUCGGAACAUCCAGAAAAGCGCGAAGAAGUGUCUAGUUCACCUGCGAAGCGACUAAAGCCGACCGAAAGGACUCCGGGCACUUGGGAAGCAGUUGACUGGCAACGACCAAAAGCUUCGCCCUACCCAGGUUGGUCGGUUACAGAUACCGCCCCUUUACCAUAUCGACCAUUUCGAUGGGGCCCAUAUCGUAUCACGAUGGGGCUCCGCAGUAUGGAUUGGGAUGAAUGGAUCGAGCUCGACAACCACUACCUGAAGUUCCACGCUGACAAGACACGUCGCAUUACCGAGCGCGGUCAUAAGUGCUGCAAGACAGAUCCCUCGGAUCCGCGAGUCUUCGAUGGCGCGGUCGAAUUGCUCGAAGAACUGGCAGAUUACCUUCCUCAGCGCUAUCCUAGUAUGUUCCGAAACCUCACAGCCACUUGCGACGCAAAUGACGUGCGACAUGAGCGAAGCCCUGCCGCUUCUCUUGCAUGUGUCGCUCAAAAGCUUCAAAGACAUCUUGAACUCAUUGAUGUAACAGGAUUGUGGUGAGGUUCCCACGAUGAUGGAAUGGAGAUGGGCGAAGUGAGGUCAGACUAGACGUCCUCACGAGUCGGACUGUACAUGCCAUGUGCCGGCAGCAGUAUGACAUCUCUAUGACAUGCGGCAUUAUUCCAUACCUU